AUGGCUCCGGCCACGCCGCAGCGCCACCAGCAGCCGGACCCCCGGCCGAGCACCCCAUACAACACGCGCGAUGCCGCGCUGAAGGGCGCCGCGCUGGCCUUUGGGAAGCCGCCAGUCCGACCCAAGCCGUCGCCCAAGACGUACAGCGGGAACAAUGGUGCAUUGGCCGCCGCGCGCCAGUCCAGCAACGCUGGCACCCCUCAGCCCCAGCUGCUCCGCCCCCAGCUCUCCGGAAACAGCACCACCUCCCAGAGCUCCCACACCUCCGCCCUCGCUCUGCCUCAGCUCCAGUCCGACCGCGCCCGCUCGCCGUCCAUGAUCGCUGCCACCCGUGCAGCCGCCCGCCGCACCCCGGCCCCCGUCGAUGGCCCCGACACCCAACGCAGGAGCAUGCUGGAUGCCAGUUCCAACCACUCCUCCAGCGGCUCGCCGCCCGCGCCCAUCUCCGUAAGCGAUGCCCGAGCAAGGUUCAAUGCCGCUCCCGCAGCUCCGCCCUCCGCCGGCGCGAACGCGACGCUACCCUCCCGGCCGAGCCGCUCUCCUUCGCAGACAUCCGAUCCCACCGACGCUUCCUCGAUACAACCCACAACCUCUCUAGUCAAGAUGUUUGAGCAGAACAAGGCCCAACAAGCUGCCUCGCCAAACUCCGCUCGUAGUCCCAAGCCUCCUCCUAUUCUUACUUCGAAAGGGGGCCCUCCGCCCAUAAAGUCGCCUAAACCGAUCCGGAACAUCUCCGUGCCCUUUGCUUCUCCAGAGCAUCAGAACCAGGACAUGGCGAGGCCCCGCCCUGUGAGCGCCGGGAACAUCUCUGCGAUGAAGCCAAAACCUGCGCCGAAGCCGGCUCCCAAACCAGCCAAAUUCUUGGGCGACGUAACCCCGCAGACGAGCCCCCACGUCUCUCCGAAGGUGCCCGCAAAACCAAAGUUUGCAGCCUCGCCGCGCGAGCUUCCGCCAGUGGCAAAAGACGAUUCUGAAGACGACGCCGCAUACACGUCAGCCCCUGAGACGCAAGGCGACAACCGAGCGAAGCCAAUCCUGCCUCCGCCUCGUCGGGGCACAAAGAUUUCCCAGACCAAUCCUCCCACCAAGAACGGGACAGAUUCUGAAAACGCUGCGCCAUCUCGGGUGGCCCAUCUGCGGAGGCACUCUGCUGUCGCUGAAGGGACAUCAUCCGCGCCGCCGGCAGGUGGAGGCCGACACCUGCUCCCACCUCCUCCCAUCAGCUCCGCCUACAAACGCGAGUCCUUCAAGAAAAUAGAGCCACACCUGACCGGCGAUUCCCUCGCCAACGCCAUGGUUGGCGCCGCAUUGGCGGGUUCGCGGGCAUCCACGCCAGCCAAAUCAACGACCCCUCUUCCGCCGCCUCCCCGCCGCAGCGGCAACCACCACCAUCACCACCACCACCCUCACAUCUUCCACCACUCGCGCACGCCAAGCCCGCAGAAGAAGCCAGGCAAGCUGAUGCCGACCCUCCGCAAGGAGCCCAGCGCCAGCGACUCGGACAACACCAGCGACGACCCAAACGGCAAGCACAAGAAAAAGCGGCACCUCCGGCCCAAGCACCCGAACAAGCACGCCGAGGGCGCGCGCAAGCGCUGGCGCGACACCAUCACGGAGCGCGAGCGCAAGCGCUACGAGGGCGUGUGGGCCGCCAACCGCGGCGUGCUGCUCUCGCCGCGGGACCUGCACCCGCGCGUCGCCGCGCACCCCAACGCGUCGCGCGUGGGCCUGCACGACGACGUCAGCGCGCUGGUGGUGCGGGACGUUUGGGGCCGCGCGCGGCUGCCCGCGCACGUGCUCGAGGAGGUGUGGAAUCUCGUCGACGGCCGCGGCGUGGGGAGGCUGGCGCGCGACGAGUUCGUCGUCGGCAUGUGGCUGAUCGAUCAGGCGCUCAAGGGGAGGAAGUUGCCGGUGAAGGUGCAGGAGAGCGUGUGGGCGAGCGUGAAGGGCGCGGGGGUGAAGGUGAGGAUUAGGUAG